AUGACUGUUGGUGAUGUUGGGAGUUCUCUCGCCCAACAGUUAGGCAUCGCAAAGAAAUUUCAGAUUUUACUUUGCGAAGGAACAAUUCUCAACGAUGAUGAGCUUGCUAACCGUUACCUUAAUCAACCGCUUCUCCUGUCUGUUCUGCCAGACAAACGAGCAAAAGUCCUUGGCUUUGGUGCUGGCGGAAAUAUCAAUCAGUUUGUAGAACCAGAUCACUACGAUCCUCGCAUCUGGGAUGUUGCAAACUCUAAGAUUCUCAACGUCCACAUCAUUGACUCGGCAACACUUAAGGAGGUGACACAGUUUGACCCUCCUGAGCCCCCUGUAACAGCACAGGCAUACAAAGACAAAGGCCUCUCUUUGUUCCAAUUCCCGCGUGGCGGUGAUCCAAAAAAUGGGGUUGCGGGCAAAUGGAGCAUGCUCACAGGGGUUGCUGAGAUAGAGGGAGAGCAUGCGAAAAUAUUCACCGAAGUCGAUACGCAAGCUAAGCCGAUGGGGCCGAUGGAUGAUACGAUUGAGAUCGAGGAGUUUGAGGAAAGAGGCGUCGACUUUUUAGUCACGCUUUUAGAUGUCGACGACACUGUGCCUCCUUUUCGGGGUGUGGUGCUGUUGUCGUUGACAAUAACAUGGGAUAGUGUAUUUGACGUAGACGCUGUGUGGGUAAUACAGAGCAGUGACAAGAGUACCUAG